UGAAAGGUGAACGGGCAGGGAAAAGCAGCGGCCGGGACAAAUGCGACUACUGUUGCUGCAUCUGAUCCCCUCUCUAAGCUACCAAAUCGAACCCCGCACCAGCUGCUGCCCUCUCCAUUCCUGGCCGUUGCUUCCGCGGUUCCGCCGGCCGGUAUCUGGCGAUGGAGGCGGUGGAAGACGCCACAACCCUGGAGGCCGCGAUUGCGUGGCUUGUUGAUACCAUCCUUGCAAAUCUCCGAGCCGGCAGCAAGCUGGAGUCAUGGAUCCGGCAAGCUGGCCUCGGCAGCGACGUCGGGAAGCUCAAGUCCGAGGUCGAGGCGGUGGAGAUGGUGGUUUCUGCUGUGCAUGGGAGGGCGGCCGGGAACAAGCCGCUGGCCCGAUCUCUUGCUUGUCUCAAGGAACUGCUCUAUGACGCCGACGAUGUGGUCGACGAGCUCGACGGCCACAGGCUCCAGCAGGAGCUCCAACCUGGUAAUUUUGAGACACUGCUCCUAACGGAUGGACUUGAUGGAACGCCGCAAACUGUUGAGAGAUCGCGAGAAAAUGCUGGCGACGUACAGAGUAGCGGUAAUAACAGGUUACGGUCCGAGCUAUGGAAUCAAUUUGAAAUCACAGCAUUUCUUGAACAAAACGGAGGGCCUUCGCCUUCCAGAGCAAGAUGCAAGCGCUGUCAAACAGAGCUUAUGUGCGAAACCAAGAAAGGGACAUCGGUUUUGCGCAAUCAUCUCAAGAGCAAAGCUUGUAGCAACAAACGUGGAGCAACUGACCCUUCUUCAAGCACUGCUGAUGCUACUACAAUUCCUACGCCUGUUGCAACUGCCAGCAGAAAAAGGAUGAGAACUAGUGAGGAGUCAACCGCAGCUAACCCAAACGGGUGGAACAAGGAUGCAUUUUCCGAAAGGAUACAAGACAUCACUAGUCAGCUGCAAGGCAAACGAGAGGCUAUCACAAGGCUUCUCAAUAUACUUGGGCGAGACUCUGAUGGCACAAGUUCAAAUCACUAUCCGAGUACAGUCUCAGAUACACGCCGAAGAACAUCAAGUCUUCUUCAAGGGAAGGUCUAUGGAAGAGCUGCAGAGAAGAGAUCCAUCAAAAAGUUAAUAGAAGAACACAAAUCAACUGCCGGUGUAACCGUUCUUCCUGUUGUGGGCAUCGGAGGAGUUGGGAAGACAGCUCUCGCUCAGCUUGUAUACAACGAUCCAGCUUUGCAAAGUCUAUUUGAUCACAAGAUAUGGAUCUGGGUGUCUAAAGACUUUGAUGAAAUGAGACUCACAAGAGAGAUGUUAGAUUGCGUCUCCCAAGAAUCUUAUGAUGGCCUAUGCAGUUUUACCAAGCUUCACGAGGUCUUGAAGGGUCAUGUUAAAUCAAAGAGGGUUCUACUCAUUUUAGAUGAUGUCUGGGAAGUCAUGGAUGACUGCAGGUGGAACAAAUUAUUGGCUCCUUUCAAGUCUGACAAUGCAAAGGGCAACAUGAUAAUCAUGACAACUAGAAAACCGUCCGUUGCAAAGAGAAGAGGUACAACUGGGCCAAUUAACUUAGGUGCUUUGGGAAAGUACCAUUUUUGGCAAUUGUUUCAAUCAUGCGCGUUUGGUGACGAGAAUUAUGAAGCGCAAGCAAGUCUAAAUGACUUAGGACAGGAAAUAGCACAAAAGUUAAAAGGGAACCCAUUAGCAGCACAAACUGCCGGGGCACUAUUAAGAGAUCAUAUUACUGUGGAGCAUUGGAGUAACACUCUAAAUACCGAAGCUUGGAAUUCCCUGCGACACACUAGUGGCAUCAUGUCUUCUUUGAAGCUUUCCUAUGAUGAGUUGCCCUACCCGAUGCAGCAAUGCUGCUCAUAUUGUUCUAUAUUCCCCUACGAUUAUGAAUUUGUUGCUGAGGAGCUAGCUCGUCUUUGGAUUUCACAGGGAUUUUUGAAGCGUGAUCAUCCAAAUAUGAGUUUGGAGGAGACGGGACGGUACUAUCUGACUGACUUGGUGAGUCUGGGCUUGUUUCAGCAAUUUGACAAAAAAAUAUCCUCUCUUGGUAGUCAAACUCAAACUUGCUAUGCUAUGUGUGGCCUCAUGCAUGAUUUUGCAAGGCUAGUUUCAAGAACUGAGUGUGCAACUUUGGAUCGUUUGCAAUACAAUGAAAUUUUCCCAAAUGUACAUCACUUGUCCAUAGUAACCAGUUCUGUAUAUUGGACGGAUGAUGUGACUGGGAACCUCUGUCGUAAUGAGAGGUUUGAAUUUUUGUUGCAAAAUAUAUUCGCUUCAGUGGGAAAGUUGAGGACAUUGGUGUUAAUUGGGAAGUAUGACUCUUUUUUCUUCAAAGCAUUCCAAGAUGUAUUUGAAAAAGCACAUAAUCUGCGUCUGCUGCAAAUGUCUGCAACAUUUGCUGAUUAUAAUUCCUUCCUGUGUGGCUUGGUAACUCCUACACGUCUUCGGUAUCUAAAACUUCAGGAUGGUCAUACUGAGCAGAAGGUUUUGCCUGAUGUUUUGAGCAAGUUUUUCCAUCUUCAAGUAUUAGAUGUUGCUUUACUUAUGUCUUUGCAUACGGUUCAUCUAGAGGAUUGCGAGGCAUGGAGAAUACUUCCAUCUCUGGAAAUGCUUCGGUUUCUUAAAAGGUUGAAGUUGCGCAACAUGCAGAGAGUAAGAGAAGUAUCGGUUCCAUCAUUGGAGGAGCUUGUUUUAGAUGGAAUGCUAGAUUUACAGAGAUGUUCUUGUACUUCCGUGGGGGAUAUGAGGUCAAGUUUAAGGGUGUUGGAGAUCCAAAGUUGCCCUGUACUUGAGGUGUUUGAUCUGUUUCAAAAAGGUCAUAACUACGAAAUUGAGCAUAAGUCAUGGUUGCCCAAUCUAAGGAAACUCAUUAUGUGUGAUUGUCCUUGUUUGCAAGCACACAACCCCCUUCCACCAUCAGCCAUAUUUUCUGAACUAAUAAUCGAUGGUGUUUCAACAGUUUUGAGAAUGGAGGGAUCUUCCAUGGAAACAUUCUGGAUUGAGCGUGAGUCUUCUCGUGGUGAGAUGAUGGCACUCGAUGACAAUAUUUUGGCAUUCCAUAAUCUUAAGGAUAUCAAAUACUUGGAGAUAUUGUCAUGCAAAAACCUAGCAUCUAUUUCAUUUGAAGGAUUAAGUCAGCUCAUGUCUUUAAAGAGUUUGAAAAUACAGUACUGCAGAGAACUUUUCUCUUCAGAUGAUGUGCCAGAGCAGACCCAUGAAAACAUGAUAACUGCAUAUAAUGCUGCUCUCCCGUCUCUUGAAAGUCUCUAUAUUGAAGACUCUGGAAUAACCGGGAAGUGGCUAUCUCUGAUGUUGCGACACUCGUUGAGCCUGAAGGAAUUAGAUUUACAUGGCUGCCCGCAGUUGAAAGAGUUGAAGAUAGAAGAGGAAGGAAAGGUUCAAUCAAACCUUAUCUCAGAUUCUGAGGCUUCGUCAUCAGGGUAUCUAUCUGAUUCUGAGGCUUCGUCAUCAGGGUAUCUAUCUGAUUCUGAGGCUUCGUCGUCAGGAUAUGUAGAUGGAGUCGUGCACAUUCAAUUGAAUCUCAGAAAGAUAACAAUUGGUGAAUGCCCUAAUCUGAUAUUUGACCGGGGUGGAAGAUGUCUCCUCCCGCAAUCACUUGAACAACUUGUUUGGUGGAAAUAUCCCCAGGAAACACUGCGGCCCUGCUUUGUGGAUAAUCUCACAUGCCUCAAAAAAUUAGUAGUAGGAGCCCAAAGUUUGAAAUAUAUACAACUGGAUUCAUGUACGUCAUUGGAAGAUUUGGAAAUUGGAGAAUGCGGUCGGCUCAUCACACUAGAGGGCAUGCAAUCGCUCAGAUCUUUGGAAUUAAAUAGGAACUCAAGAUUGAAAUCUCUACAGCUGAAUUCCUGCACGUCGCUGGAACAUUUGGCAAUUUUUGAUUGUAGUUCGCUCGUCGCACUAGAGGGCUUGCGAUCCCUGGUGAACCUCAAGCAUUUGGUAAUACUCAGAUCCCCUGCCUUGAAUUCCCUUGCCACAUUGGAGAGUCAUGAGUUAUUCCCUGCACUGGAAAGUCUCGAGGUCAAUGAUUUGUCUCCCCUUAACACGGUAUUCUGCAAGGGCCUCACCUGCCUCCGAAGCCUAAAGCUUAGUUAUUCGGAUGCAACGGGACUGACAGAUGAGCAAGAGAGAGCGCUUCUGCUCCUCAGGUCCCUGCAACAGCUCUACUUUGACAAUUGUGAGGAUCUCGUAGAUCUUCCCGCGGGGCUGCGUGGUCUUCCUUCACUCAAGAUGUUGAAGAUAAAAUAUUGCUCGUCCAUUUCAAGGCUUCCGAAGGAGAGUCUCCCACCUUCGCUGGAAGGACUGGUGAUCGUCCAAUGCAGCGACGAGUUAUCAGAAGGAUGCGAAUUGCUAGCAACAAGCAAGCUAGAUGUCAAAAUUAAUAGGUGCUAUGUGGACUGAUUACCGAGUAUCUUUCGACAAAACACCAAAAUAGUACAAUCAUAUGCUAUUGGAGGGGUUGCCCAGGCCACCCCUGUCAAGGGUCACCUGUUACAGUACUUACUCCCUUCGUGCUUGAAAGAGUGCACUUCCAACUUUGUUGGAGGGUCAAACUAUCUCAAAGUUUGACCGAGUUUGUGCAAAAAUAUGUCAAUGAUUGUGAAACCAAAUAGGUAUAUGAUGAAAA